AUGGCCAGGAGAGGUAAGAAGCCCGUAGUCCGGACGCUGGAGGACCUGACGCUGGACUCGGGGUAUGGUGGCGCGGCGGACUCGGUGCGCUCCUCCAACGUGUCCCUGUGCUGUUCCGACUCGCACCCGGCGUCCCCGUAUGGCGGGAGCGGCUGGCCGCCUCUAGCUGACUCCAUGCACAGCCGGCACGACAGCUUCGACACCGUCAACACUGCCCUGGUGGAGGACUCCGAAGGGCUGGACUGCGCGGGCCAGCACUGCUCGCGGCUGCUGCCGGACCUCGACGAGGUGCCCUGGACCCUCCAGGAGCUGGAGGCGCUGCUGCUGCGCUCGCGGGACCCCCGGGCGGGCCCGGCGGCCCCGGGAGGCGGCGGCGGCGGCGGCCUGCCCAGAGACGCGCUGGCCAAGCUGUCCAUGCUGGUGAGCCGGGCGCUCGUACGCAUCGCCAAGGAGGCGCAGCGCCUGAGCCUGCGCUUCGCCAAGUGCACCAAGUACGAGAUCCAGAGCGCCAUGGAGAUCGUGCUGUCCUGGAGCCUGGCGGCGCACUGCACGGCGGCCGCGCUGGCCGCGCUGUCCCUCUACAACAUGAGCAGCGCCGGCGGCGACCGCCUGGGCCGCGGCAAGUCCGCCCGCUGCGGCCUCACCUUCUCCGUGGGCCGCGUGUACCGCUGGAUGGUGGACAGCCGCGUGGCGCUGCGCAUCCACGAGCACGCCGCCAUCUACCUGACGGCCUGCAUGGAGAGCCUGUUCCGGGACAUCUACGCGCGGGUCGUGGCCUCCGGGCUGCCCCGGGGCGGCAGCGGCCCCGGCUCGGCCUCCAGCUCCGGCCCAGGCCCCGGCUCGGGCCCCAGCGCGGCCCCCGCGGCGGCGGAGAAGGAGCGGGAGGCGCCCGGAGGGGGCGCGGCGGGCGGCGGCGCCUGCAGCGCGGCCAGCAGCGCCAGCGGGAGCAGCAGCUGUUGCGCCCCUCCGGCCGCCGCCGCCGCCCCGGCCCCCGCGCCGCCCGCCGCGGCCAACCACCACCACCACCCCCACCUCCACGCGCUCCACGAGGCGCCCAGGUUCACCAUGGAGACGCUGGAGCACACGGUCAACAACGACUCGGAGAUCUGGGGGCUCCUGCAGCCGUACCAGCACCUCAUCUGCGGGAAGAACGCCAGCGGAGUGCUGUGCCUGCCGGACAGCCUGAAUCUGCACCGGGACCCGCAGCGCUCAAACAAGCAGGGGGACGUGCCCAUGUUCAGCCAGUCGGAGCUGAGGACCAUCGAGCAGUCCCUGCUGGCCACCCGCGUGGGCAGCAUCGCGGAGCUGAGCGACCUGGUGUCCCGAGCAAUGCAUCACCUGCAGCCCCUCCACGCCAAGCACCACGGCAACGGCACCCCCCUGCACCACAAGCAGGGGGCGCUCUACUGGGAGCCGGAGGCCCUGUACACCCUUUGCUACUUCAUGCACUGCCCGCAAAUGGAGUGGGAAAACCCCAACGUGGAGCCUUCCAAAGUCAACCUGCAGGUGGAAAGGCCGUUCCUCGUGCUGCCGCCGCUGAUGGAGUGGAUCCGGGUGGCCGUGGCGCACGCCGGCCACCGGCGCAGCUUCUCCAUGGACAGCGACGACGUCCGCCAGGCGGCCCGGCUGCUGCUGCCCGGCGUGGACUGCGAGCCGCGCCAGCUCAGGGCUGACGACUGCUUUUUUGCUUCUCGGAAGCUGGACGCAGUGGCCAUUGAAGCCAAGUUUAAGCAGGACCUGGGUUUCCGGAUGCUGAACUGCGGGCGGACGGAUCUGGUGAAGCAGGCCGUGUCCCUCCUGGGGCCCGAUGGGAUCAACACCAUGAGCGAACAGGGCAUGACCCCCCUGAUGUACGCCUGCGUCCGUGGGGACGAGGCGAUGGUGCAGAUGCUGCUGGAUGCCGGAGCUGACCUGAAUGUGGAGGUUGUCAGUACUCCUCAUAAAUAUCCGUCCGUCCACCCCGAGACCCGCCAUUGGACGGCUCUGACUUUUGCUGUGUUGCAUGGACAUAUUCCUGUAGUUCAGCUCCUUCUGGACGCCGGGGCCAAGGUCGAGGGCUCCGUGGAGCACGGCGAGGAGAACUACUCGGAGACGCCCCUGCAGCUCGCCGCCGCUGUGGGCAAUUUUGAGCUGGUUAGUUUGCUGUUGGAGCGAGGUGCGGACCCCUUGAUAGGAACCAUGCACAGGAACGGAAUUUCUACCACCCCGCAGGGGGACAUGAACUCUUUCAGCCAGGCCGCAGCCCACGGACACAGGAACGUGUUCCGCAAACUGCUCGCCCAGCCAGAGAAGGAGAAGAGCGAUAUCCUGUCCCUGGAAGAGAUUCUGGCCGAGGGGACAGACCUGGCGGAGACAGCCCCGCCCCCCCUGUGCGCCAGCCGCAACAGCAAGGCCAAACUGAGAGCCCUGAGGGAGGCCAUGUAUCACAGCGCUGAGCAUGGCUACGUGGAUGUCACAAUUGACAUCAGGAGUAUAGGUGUCCCGUGGACCCUGCACACGUGGCUGGAGUCCCUGCGCAUCGCCUUCCAGCAGCACCGCCGGCCGCUCAUCCAGGGGCUGCUGAAGGAGUUCAAGACCAUCCAGGAGGAGGAGUACACGGAGGAGCUGGUCACCCAGGGCCUGCCCCUCAUGUUCGAGAUCCUGAAAGCCAGCAAGAAUGAAGUGAUCAGCCAGCAGCUGUGUGUCAUCUUCACCCACUGCUACGGGCCCUACCCCAUCCCCAAGCUCACGGAGAUCAAGCGGAAGCAGACCUCGCGCCUGGAUCCUCACUUCCUCAACAACAAAGAAAUGUCCGAUGUCACCUUCCUGGUGGAAGGAAGGCCGUUCUAUGCUCACAGAGUGCUGCUAUUCACAGCCUCUCCGAGGUUCAAAGCGCUGCUCUCCAGCAAGCCCACCAAUGACAGCAGCUGCAUAGAGAUCGGCUAUGUGAAGUACCCCAUCUUCCAGCUGGUCAUGCAGUAUCUCUACUACGGAGGCCCGGAGUCGCUGCUCAUUAAGAACAACGAGAUCAUGGAGCUCCUGUCGGCGGCUAAGUUUUUCCAGCUGGAGGCUCUGCAGCGACACUGUGAGAUUAUCUGUGCCAAAGGCAUCAACACGGACAACUGCGUGGACAUCUACAACCACGCCAAGUUCCUUGGAGUCACCGAGCUCUCCGCCUACUGUGAAGGCUACUUUCUCAAAAACAUGGUGGUCCUCAUUGAGAACGAAGCCUUCAAGCAGCUCCUCUACGACAAGAACAGCGAAGGCGCAGGCCAGGACGUGCUCCAGGACUUACAGAGGACGUUGGCCAUCAGGAUUCAGUCCAUCCACUUGUCGUCUUCCAAAGGCUCCAUCGUGUGA